ACUGUCAUACCUGACCACACGUCAUGCCUCACUCAUGCCUUCAUACCAUCACACACACUUGCGUCAUUUCAAAUGCUUGGAUAAGGCUAUAUAAGGCCACACUGUAGCAAGACAAAGUGAAAAUAAAUAAGUAAGAACAUCAGGACAUUUUUGAACAAAGCAUCAUACCACUCUACAUGGCAGAGGCUGCUCUAUGGCUAUUGCUGUGUGCCUUGGCUCUGGGUGUUUACAUGAUAUGCUCUUGGUAUUUCCUCCGCAAUCCUCUCCUUCUCCAUAAGAAGAAAUGUUUAGCUUUUCACAGCAGACAUGUUUCCCACAGAGGGGGUGCUGGAGAACGGAUAGAAAACACUAUGGCAGCUUUUACACAUGCAGUGAAAGAGGGCACUGAAAUGUUAGAACUGGAUUGUCAUUUAACCCAGGAUGGAUAUGUGGUUGUGUCCCAUGACAAAAACCUUGAAAGACAGACAGGAUACAAUAUUGACAUCUCCUCCCUGAAAUUUCAGGACUUGCCUUCCUAUAAAGAAAAGCUUGAGGUUACAUUCAACUCUGGCCACUAUGGCACAGGACAAGACAGGAGGUUCACCUUGCUAGAGGAUGUCUUCAAGAAAUUCCCAAAGAUACCCAUCAACAUUGAAGUCAAAGAAAACAAUGAUUUACUGAUAGAAAAGGUCUCCUCUCUAGUGAAACAGUAUAAAAGAGAGGGCAUCACAGUAUGGGCUACUGAGGUCUCUGACAUCAUGGCAAAGUGUCGCAAACAGAACCCCUUCAUGCCCUACAGCUUCACUCUGCGACGAGGGAGCCUCCUACUUGUACUUUAUUACACCGGUCUUCUGCCCUUCGUGCCGCUAGGAGAGGGCCUACUGCAAUUCUACCUGCCCAGAGUAAUCAACAGGACAUAUAUUCCAGAAGAGACCUUUCUUCGGAAAAAAUUUGUGAUCUCUGUCAUUGAAAAGCUUACCAUGAGAAAGGCUUUGUUUGAGCACUUGGUGAAGCGUGGAAUGCAGGUUCAGUUGUUUGUGUGUAAUCAGGAAAGUGACAUGGAUGCUGCUUUUGCAGUUGGAGCUACAGGAGUGAUGUCGGACUACCCUACCCUCUUGUCAGACUACAUUCAUAAAAACCCCAUCCCACUAGCUAUGUAACACAUUUCUUCACAC